AUGUCCUCCCCAACCGUCCUGAUAAUCGGCUGCGGCAUCGCCGGCCCUGUCCUUGCCAUAGUACUAAAGCGCAAAGGCUACAACCCUAUUGUAUUCGAAAAGGUUCAAGCUCUUGGCGAUGCCGGUGCAUCAUUGAUGAUACAGCCAAACGGAAUGAAAAUCCUCAACCUCAUUAUCCCCAAUCGCCCGCUCCCAACCAUAACACCCCUCCAAUCCCUCUGGCACGGGACAGCGUCCGGCAAAACACUCGGCCACUCUACUCUCCCCUCGUCCUACGUGGACCGCUACACCCAGCCCGCCAGCGGAAUAAAGCGCAGCGUACUCAAUCUCCACCUGAAGACAAUCCUCCAGGAACAUGGUAUCCCACUGUACGAAGGAUACCAGCUCGAGAACAUCCACGAACACGCGAACCAAGUAACUGCAUACUUCACCAACGGAGAAUCAGUCACAGGCUCAUUCCUCAUUGGCUGCGACGGAAUCAAGUCCUCCACGAGAAACAUCCUUCUCAAUCACAAAGCAGGAAUUGCCGAAGGCCCACCAACAUUCACCGGCUUGAUUCAAGUAGCGGGGAUAUCUAAGACCCCUCAGUCCAUGGCCAAGAGAGAUAUUUCCCUGAGUAACUGGUAUGGCGAGGGCGUGCACGUUGUCGCAUAUCCUAUCUCUGCUGAGGUUAUUUCCUGGGCGGUUACUAUCCCAGAUACAGAGGGGGAGGAUAGUACGUGGCGGGCUGCUACUGCUGGAACCGAGCUGGAAUCCCUACGAGGGAAGCUGAGAGAGAGAUUAUCUGGCUUUGAAGACUGCGUUUUGGAAAUGGUAAACACCGCAGAUCGGAUCAUCUCGUAUGGUCUGUUUGACCGACGGGAGGUUCCUGCCGAACAGUGGUUUUCUGAUCGUGUAGUAUUGGUCGGUGAUGCGGCGCAUCCGACGAGUCCGCAUUUGGGGCAGGGGGCAAAUCAGGCUUUGGAGGAUUGCUAUCAUCUUUGUCUCAUGCUUCCGGAUCUGAGUUUGGAUGAGACGAACUGGGGUGUGGAGUUUGCGCGGUUGAGGCAGCCACGGACCUCGAUGUUGGUAAAGGAGGCUCGUCGGCUUGGGGAGCAGCGUGUUGUCGUGGGAGGGCCGGAGCGGUGUCGCGAGCGCGAUGCAAGUAUUGUGGAUGCUUGGAAGGAUGAGAAGGCCGUGGCGAGGGCGUUGGAUGGGUUGUUUAGAGAGCCGUUCUGA